AUGAAGGGUUACUGGUUUGUUUUUCAUGUGGCCGUAUUGCUGCUUUUUGGGAAGGAGGCUUUUUCUCAGAUACGAUAUACUGUUCCAGAGGAGGUUGCAGAUGGAACUGUAGUUGGAAAUAUUGCGAAAGAUCUGGGCCUUGACAUCAACUCUUUGGCUGAUCGACGUUUUCGUGUUGUGUCUGGAAAUACGGAUGCCUUUUUUGAGGUAAACCAGGACAAUGGGGCUCUCUAUGUUCGCAAGAAAAUCGACAGAGAGGUUCUCUGUCAAGGAAGUGGCGCAUGCUUACUGGAGCUUAAAAUUCUUGUUGAAAACCCACUGGAAAUGCAUUAUGUAGUUGUGGAAAUUACUGAUGUAAAUGAUCAUUCUCCUAAUUUCUCCGAAAGAAAUCAGAGAUUUGAAAUAGCCGAACAUACACUGCCGGGAAGGCGGUUCCAGCUACACACCGCUCGUGAUCCUGAUGCAGGACUUAAUUCCAUUCAUACCUACACCUUAACACCAAACGAUCAUUUUGAAUUAGAUGUCCGCCAAAGUGACGAGGACAAAAUACCAUUUUUAGUCCUAAAAAAGUCGCUGGACAGAGAGCAAAAAUGCAACCAUUCGCUUGUGGUUACAGCAGUUGAUGGGGCUAAACCUCCAAGAUCCGGAACCCUAAAUGUUACCGUUAUUGUUCUAGACAGUAAUGACAAUCGCCCAAUGUUUAGUAAGGAUAUUUAUGAAAUUUCAGUCCCAGAAAACGUUUUGGUUGGCACCAAAAUAUUUAGAAUUAAUGCGACAGAUCCAGAUGAAAACUUAAAUGGAGCAGUUGAAUAUAGCCUUGGAAAAACUCUAAAGAAGAAAGUGUAUGAUAUAUUUGAACUGGACAAGUUAAGUGGGGAAAUUAUAGUAGAGGGAUUGAUUGACUAUGAAGAAAAUGACGUUUACAAACUUGAUAUUGAGGCGUCCGAUAAAGGAACACCCCCACUGACGGGUGAGUGCAGAGUCAUCAUAAAAAUCACUGAUGUUAAUGACAAUCCACCAGAAAUAGAAAUCACAUCACUAUCAAAUUCAGUAUCCGAGGACUCCAAGCCUGGCACAGUUAUUUCUCUACUCAGUGUAACAGAUAGAGAUUCCGGAGUGAACGGAAAUAUUAUUACAAGCAUAAUCUCAGACGUGCCUUUUGAAUUAAAGCCUUCGUAUAAGGAAAAUAUAUAUUCAGUUGUAACCAAGGGACUUUUAGAUCGAGAAAAAGUGUCUUAUUAUGAAAUAACAAUGAAAGCCACGGAUUGUGGUGAGCCUCCACUAUCUACUUUUAAAACCCUUAGCAUUCAAAUAUCAGAUGUAAACGAUAACAUCCCACAAUUCUCGCAGAAUCCACUACAGGUUUACCUGUCAGAAAACAACGUUGCUGGAAAGCCAAUAUUUUCAGUAAGCGCGACGGAUAAAGACUUGAACGACAAUGCAGCCAUUUCAUAUCACGUUGUGAGAGAAGGGAGUAAAAAUGAUAUAUUGUCUUUCCUAAGUGUGAAUUCAGACAAUGGACAAAUCACCGCGCUGAAAAGUUUUGAUUUUGAAACGCUGAAAACUUUCCAGUUCCAAGUUGUUGCCUCAGAUUCUGGAACUCCGUCACUAAGCAACAAUGUCACAGUCAACGUCUUCAUCCUGGAUCAGAACGACAACGCUCCAGUCAUCCUGUAUCCACUCAGCUCCAACGGUUCUGCUCAAGGUGUGGAGGAGAUUCCCCGAAACGUCAACGCAGGACACUUGGACAGAUCAGAACACUUCGCUCAUUCACAGAGACAGACGAGGCUGAGCAUAAACUGCUCAUACUGGUCAAAGACAACGGCAACGUUUCUCUCUCAGCAACAGCUACUGUGAUUGUCAAGCUUGUGGAGCCCAAAGAGGCUUUUGCAGCUUCAGAUGUUAAAAGUGCAGCAAAAGAUGAUGAGGACAGUAAUGUCAUAUUUUACCUCAUGAUAACUUUGGGCGCAGUUUCUGUACUUUUUCUCAUCAGCAUCAUCGUACUGAUUGCAAUGCAGUGCUCCAAAUCCACAGACUAUACUUCUAAAUAUCUGCCAGAGACUAAUUAUGAUGGGACACUGUGUCACAGCAUCCAGUACAGAUCAGGAGAGAAGCGGUACAUGCUCGUUGGACCCAGAAUGAGUAUAGGAUCUACUAUAGUCCCGGGUAGCCACGCAAACACAUUAGCUCUA